UUUUCGCCGCGCGCCACCGAAAGGUCCCUGUCUUGAGGGCUAAUGGCGGACGCCGGUGGGCUGGGGGUGGCUGUGGCUUAGGCCUUGAGGGGACUGAGCAUCCGUCUGAUAUCUACGUCAUCCUUCACACUGUAAGCUUGCUUUGACUUGACACUGUUGUUAGAACCAAGGCCUGGAGUUCUGGGUGGCUCAUUUUUGCCGCAACCAUGUUCCUGUACAACUUGACCUUGCAGCGAGCCACUGGCAUCAGCUUUGCCAUUCAUGGCAACUUUUCUGGAACCAAACAACAGGAAAUUGUUGUUUCUCGUGGGAAGAUUUUGGAACUGCUUCGCCCAGACCCCAACACUGGCAAAGUACAUACCCUUCUCACUGUGGAAGUAUUUGGUGUUAUCCGGUCACUCAUGGCCUUUAGGCUGACAGGUGGUACCAAAGACUACAUUGUAGUUGGCAGUGACUCUGGUCGAAUUGUUAUUUUGGAAUACCAGCCAUCUAAGAAUAUGUUUGAGAAAAUUCACCAAGAAACCUUUGGCAAGAGUGGAUGCCGCCGUAUCGUUCCUGGGCAGUUCUUAGCUGUGGAUCCCAAAGGGCGAGCUGUUAUGAUUAGUGCCAUUGAGAAACAGAAAUUGGUGUAUAUCUUGAACAGAGAUGCUGCAGCCCGACUUACCAUUUCAUCUCCCCUGGAAGCCCACAAAGCGAACACUUUAGUAUAUCAUGUAGUUGGAGUAGAUGUGGGAUUUGAAAAUCCAAUGUUUGCUUGUCUGGAAAUGGAUUAUGAGGAAGCAGACAAUGAUCCAACAGGAGAAGCAGCAGCAAAUACCCAGCAGACACUUACUUUCUAUGAGCUAGACCUUGGUUUAAAUCAUGUGGUCCGAAAAUAUAGUGAACCUUUGGAGGAACAUGGCAACUUUCUUAUUACAGUUCCAGGAGGGUCAGAUGGUCCAAGUGGAGUGCUGAUCUGCUCUGAAAACUAUAUUACUUACAAGAACUUUGGUGACCAACCAGAUAUCCGCUGUCCGAUUCCUAGGAGACGGAAUGACCUGGAUGACCCUGAAAGAGGAAUGAUUUUUGUCUGCUCUGCCACCCAUAAGACCAAAUCGAUGUUCUUCUUUUUGGCCCAAACUGAGCAGGGAGAUAUCUUCAAGAUUACUUUGGAGACAGAUGAAGAUAUGGUUACUGAGAUCCGGCUCAAAUAUUUUGAUACCGUGCCUGUUGCUGCUGCCAUGUGUGUGCUUAAAACAGGCUUCCUUUUUGUAGCAUCAGAAUUUGGAAACCACUAUUUACCUAUAUAUCAAAUUGGCACAUUUGGAGAUGAUGAUGAAGAACCUGAGUUUUCAUCUGCCAUGCCUCUGGAAGAAGGAGACACAUUCUUCUUUCAGCCAAGACCACUCAAAAACCUUGUGCUGGUCGAUGAGUUGGACAGCCUCUCUCCCAUUCUGUUUUGCCAGAUAGCUGAUCUGGCCAAUGAAGAUACUCCACAGCUGUAUGUGGCCUGUGGUAGGGGACCCAGAUCAUCUCUGAGAGUCCUAAGGCAUGGACUUGAGGUGUCGGAAAUGGCUGUUUCUGAGCUACCCGGUAACCCCAAUGCUGUGUGGACAGUGCGUCGUCACAUUGAAGAUGAAUUUGAUGCCUACAUCAUUGUGUCUUUCGUGAAUGCCACCCUUGUGUUGUCCAUUGGAGAGACUGUGGAAGAAGUGACUGACUCUGGGUUCCUGGGCACCACCCCAACCUUGUCCUGCUCUUUGUUAGGAGAUGAUGCCUUGGUGCAGGUGUAUCCAGAUGGCAUUCGGCACAUACGAGCAGACAAGAGAGUCAAUGAGUGGAAGACGCCCGGAAAGAAAACAAUUGUGAAGUGUGCAGUGAACCAGCGACAAGUGGUGAUUGCCCUGACAGGAGGAGAGCUGGUCUAUUUUGAAAUGGAUCCCUCAGGGCAGCUGAAUGAGUACACAGAGCGGAAAGAAAUGUCAGCAGAUGUCGUAUGCAUGAGUCUGGCCAAUGUACCCCCUGGAGAGCAGCGAUCUCGCUUCCUGGCUGUGGGGCUGGUGGACAACACUGUCAGAAUCAUCUCUUUGGACCCCUCAGACUGUUUGCAGCCUCUGAGCAUGCAGGCUCUCCCAGCCCAGCCUGAGUCCUUGUGUAUUGUGGAAAUGGGUGGAACUGAGAAGCAGGAUGAGCUGGGUGAGAGGGGCUCGAUCGGCUUCCUAUACCUAAAUAUUGGGCUACAGAAUGGUGUGCUGCUGAGGACAGUCCUGGACCCUGUCACUGGGGAUCUGUCUGACACCCGCACUCGAUACCUGGGAUCCCGUCCUGUAAAGCUCUUCCGUGUCCGAAUGCAAGGCCAGGAGGCAGUAUUGGCCAUGUCAAGCCGCUCAUGGUUGAGCUAUUCUUACCAGUCUCGCUUCCAUCUCACCCCUCUGUCUUAUGAGACCCUAGAAUUUGCAUCUGGCUUCGCCUCGGAACAAUGUCCUGAGGGCAUUGUGGCCAUUUCCACCAACACUCUGAGGAUUUUGGCAUUGGAGAAGCUAGGUGCUGUCUUCAAUCAAGUAGCCUUUCCGCUACAGUACACACCCAGGAAAUUUGUCAUCCAUCCUGAGAGUAACAACCUUAUCAUCAUUGAAACGGACCACAAUGCCUACACUGAGGCCACCAAAGCUCAGAGAAAGCAGCAGAUGGCAGAGGAAAUGGUGGAAGCAGCAGGGGAGGAUGAGCGGGAGCUGGCUGCAGAGAUGGCAGCAGCAUUCCUCAAUGAAAAUCUCCCUGAAUCCAUUUUUGGAGCUCCCAAGGCUGGCAGUGGACAGUGGGCCUCUGUGAUCCGGGUGAUGAAUCCUAUUCAGGGGAACACACUGGACCUUGUCCAGCUGGAGCAGAAUGAGGCAGCUUUUAGUGUGGCCGUGUGUAGGUUCUCCAACACUGGGGAAGACUGGUAUGUGCUGGUGGGUGUGGCCAAGGACCUGAUACUGAACCCCCGGUCUGUGGCAGGGGGCUUUGUCUAUACUUACAAGCUUGUGAACAAUGGGGAGAAACUGGAGUUUCUGCACAAGACUCCAGUGGAAGAGGUCCCCGCUGCCAUUGCCCCAUUCCAGGGGAGGGUCUUGAUUGGUGUGGGAAAGCUUUUGCGUGUCUAUGACUUGGGGAAGAAGAAGUUACUCCGGAAGUGUGAGAAUAAGCAUAUCGCCAAUUAUAUCUCUGGGAUCCAGACUAUUGGGCACAGGGUAAUCGUGUCUGACGUCCAAGAAAGUUUCAUCUGGGUUCGCUACAAGCGGAAUGAGAACCAGCUCAUCAUCUUUGCCGAUGACACCUACCCCCGAUGGGUCACUACAGCUAGCCUCCUCGACUACGACACUGUGGCUGGGGCAGACAAGUUCGGCAACAUUUGCGUGGUGAGGCUCCCACCUAACACCAACGAUGAAGUGGAUGAGGAUCCCACAGGAAACAAAGCCCUGUGGGACCGAGGCUUGCUCAACGGAGCAUCACAGAAGGCAGAGGUGAUCAUGAACUACCAUGUUGGGGAGACAGUGCUGUCAUUACAGAAGACCACAUUGAUUCCUGGAGGCUCCGAGUCACUUGUCUAUACCACCUUGUCAGGAGGAAUUGGCAUUCUUGUCCCAUUCACGUCCCAUGAGGACCAUGACUUCUUCCAGCACGUGGAAAUGCAUCUGAGGUCUGAGCAUCCCCCUCUCUGUGGGCGGGACCACCUCAGCUUUCGUUCAUAUUAUUUCCCUGUUAAGAAUGUGAUUGAUGGAGACCUCUGUGAGCAAUUCAACUCCAUGGAGCCCAACAAACAAAAGAACGUCUCUGAAGAACUAGACCGAACCCCACCCGAGGUAUCCAAGAAGCUUGAAGAUAUCCGGACCCGUUAUGCCUUCUGAGUCCCCCCUUUACCUGUGGGCUUGCCAGAGACUCUGUGUUUUGUUUUCCCCACCACCAUCACCACCACCUGGCUCCUGCCAUACGGCAGAAGAAGUAUGACUGGAUAAUUAAGACUUUGCAAUAUGAAAGCCAGUAGCUCUUUUCCCUCCACCCCAGAAUGACUGGUUUCCCCUGAAAUUGGCACUGAGAUUUGCUACACUUUUCCCCACCUAGUAUGUAAUACAUCACCCCAGGUUCCAGUGGAGCACGAUGUGCCCUGUUCCCCAGAGCCAUCCCUGCAUUGGUAUUUCUGGCUCUGUCUACUUUUGUACACGCCCUUAAUUUUUAACUGUUUUUCCUGUAAAUAUAGUUUUGUACAAUGUUAUCUCUGCGGGAGGGAGGGAGGCAAGGUAAGGUGGCACCAGGUUGGAUAGAUUAUAACUCCUGAGUUCUACCACUUUGGAACCUAACCAGAAAUAUAAACCUAGUUUUUAAGGUGGCAGACA